UCACGGCACUCGAGGCACGAAACGCCGAUCACAGCAUCUCGAUCCUUCUCCGCCGUCUCACAUUCUCGGUAUAUAUACACGCGAGGCAUCCGCCCGCAAAGCACACCAACCAAGCCAAGCCUGCAACUCUCGUAGCGUGCAAAACCGCCGCCGCGCCAAUCCACCACGAUCGCCGUCGGCCGGCCCACCAGAUCCAGCGCGCGCAAAUGGCCACUCUCGUGUUCGACGCGGCGGUCCUGAGCCGGAAGGACGACAUCCCGCCGCAGUUCGUCUGGCCAGCCGACGAGGCCCCGUCCGUCGACGGCGUGGAGGAGAUCGCCGUCCCGGUCGUUGACCUCGCCGGGUUCCUCGCUGGCGACGGCGCUGCCGGCCUCCGUGACCUCGCCGCCGCGUGCGAGAAGCACGGGUUCUUCCAGGUCGUGAACCACGGCGUGGACCCGGCGCUGCUCGCCAAGGCGUACCGGUGCUGCGACGCCUUCUACGUGCUGCCCCUCGCCGAGAAGCAGCGCGCGCAGCGCCGCCUCGGCGAGAACCACGGGUACGCCGGCAGCUUCGUGGGGCGGUUCGGCAGCAAGCUCCCCUGGAAGGAGACCAUGUCCUUCAACUGCUCCGCCGCGCCGGAGGGCGCCCGCAAGGUCGUCGACUACUUCGUCGGCGUCCUCGGCGAGGAGUACCGUGACAUGGGAGAGGUGUGGCAGGAGUACUGCGACGAGAUGACGCGCCUGGCGCUGGACGUCACGGACGUCCUGGCGGCGUGCCUGGGCCUCGGCCGCGGCGCGCUGCGCGGCUUCUUCGCCGGCGACGCCUCCCAGAUGCGGCUGAACCGCUACCCGCCGUGCCAGCAGCCUCACCUGACGCUGGGCACGGGCCCGCACCACGACCCGACGUCGCUGACGCUGCUCCACCAGGACGACGUCGGCGGGCUGGAGGUGUUCACCGGCGGCGCGUGGCACGCCGUGCGGCCCCGGAGCGACGCCUUCGUCGUCAACAUCGGCGACACCUUCUCCGCGCUCACCAACGGGCGCCACAUCAGCUGCCUCCACCGCGCCGUCGUCAACAGCAGCCUCACCCGCAGGUCGCUCACCUUCUUCCUCAGCCCGCAGCUGGACCGCCUCGUCGCGCCGCCGGCCGAGUUGCUCGCCAUUGACGGCCGCCCGCGCGCGUACCCGGACUUCACUUGGCGUGAAUUCCUCGAGUUCACGCAGAAGCACUACCGCUCUGGCUGGAGGACCCUGGAUGCCUUCGCCGCUUGGAUCAAUCAGGGCCGCAAAGGCUAGAAGGGAAACCGGCCAGAAAAGGAAUCAGGUGAAAUCUAAUAAAGAUAACCAUCUAAAAAGGAGCUGUGGAUUUUGAUUGAAUGUAAUAAUAGUCUUGCUAAGUCUCAGUCGAUGCUAUAUCCGCGCAAUCUUACAUUGAGAAUCGUGCAAUUUUUCUUUUCUUUUCUCUCUUGCAUGUUAUAUCACCUGACUGAGACUUAGUCACACCCAUGUAAUAAAUUAGAUCCGUUUACAUCUCAGUCGACUGAGACUUCGCUAAGUCUCAGUCGAAUAACAUCAGCACAUGUGGUCGGCCUGUUUGAUC